AUGGCCAGGACCAAAUACAAGCACUCAGGCGCAACACGAGAGGCAAUGGCAUCAACAUCACCGGAGCAGCUCUACGCGCUGGCAUUGGACCAUGUUGAACAAUCGCAGCCGGCAGAGGCACUUCUUGCAGCCAAGCAACUUUGGGCACUGGUCAAAGAUCGCCCAUCCGUCAACGAGAAGUUGCCGGCUCUCAAUCUACUCGGGGACAUCAGCAUCGAACUUGGCGCCGUUGACUCGGCCCGGGCUUACUUUGAGCAAGCUGUGAAACUUGAUCCUGAAGGCCAGCUUCCGGAGGCACUCGGUGGCGGCGCCGAGAAGUUCCUAUGGCUUGCACAGCUCUGCGACGAGGGUGGCAAGCAGAGUGUGGAGUGGUUCGAGAAAGGCGCCAAAGCGCUGCAGAAUGAAAUUGCGGCCAUCGAGAGUGGCCAAAUUACAGGACUGGGCGAAGAGCAGCUGCUGCUGAUGCGGAUCGAGAAGAAACGCAAGCUGGCAAAUGCCCUCUGUGGCAUCGUAGAAGUCUACAUGACAGAUUUGUCGUGGGAGGACGAUGCGGAGGCACGAUGUGAGAGUCUGGUCACUCAAGCAAUGACGGUGGAGGACGAGACGAGCCCGGAGGUGUUGCAGACCCUAGCUUCCGUGAGAUUAUCACAGGAACGGAAGGAGGACGCACAAUCAGCGCUGAAGCGAUCCUUGGAGACGUGGAUUGAACUCGAGUCAGAAGAUGAAGCUGUACCAGAUUUUCCCACAAAGAUAUCACUCGCACGUCUGUUGAUGGAGGCCGACCUCUUCGACGAGGCAAUGGAGGUAUGUCACCGACUGAUUCAAGAAGACGAUCAGAGUGUGGAGGCGUGGUAUCUUGGCGGUUGGUGCCAGCAUUUGCUUGCGGAACGUAACAAAGCGAGCAGUGAGUUGGUCAACGGCUCAGCUAUGGAUACUGGCGUGGAUGACCAACCUGCGGCUGUCUACCACCGUGCGCUCAAAGGAAGUCGACGAUGGCUGAGAAUGGCCGCGAAGCUGUACGAGCAGCAGCAGUACGAGGACGACAGACUGUUUGCGCAUGCCAAGGAGCUCGUGGCCAGUCUUGACACGGUACUGGGUCCGGAAGAUGAUCAAGCCGAAGAUGAGGAUGAGGAAGAGUGGGAAGGCAUCGAGGAUGGCUCGGAGGAUGAAGAGAUGCAGGAUUCCUGA